AUGGACCCAUUUGCAACUCUCCCAACGGAGAUCAUUUUGCUGAUUUUCGAAUCCUGCUGCGACUUCACCAGCCUAGACGGUCUGCAACAAGUAUCUCCCCGGGCGAAGCAGGUAUUCAACAUCUCGUAUAAGUCUGUGACAGAACACGUCCUGAAGAACUGUCCCCUAACCUCGGAGGGACUCCACAAUCAAUUCACGCUCCUAGCCUCUAUCCAAUCUACUACAUUCACACCCAUAGCCAUGCUAGAGCAGCUCGAUAGCUUGUCGGAAACUGCCGUACGACCUAUUUCCAUUUCCACCAACAACUCGCUAGCUGCGGUACGCCAGGCUGUGAGUACAGCGGCAAAAGUCCAUCUUACAGCCUGCGCUUGUCUCCAACAUCUCUUUGAUCGUAUCGAGUCCGCAAAGCCCCGCCGUCCAAUCGCUCCUACGGCGGACCUUAUGGGCUGGGUGAGUGGAAGGCUUCCAGAACCCAAUGGUGAAACAUUCCAAUUUGUGAUCGAUCCGCCAUCAUGGAUCGAGACUUAUCGGAUGCAUCGCAGCCUCUGGAAUCUAGAGGUCUUCCGCCACAUUUAUAAUGCCGCAUCAACACGCUGGUCAUGGUCGACGUAUGAUCUGGAUUGCUUCGUUAAACAAUAUGUGUGGUGCCCACCGAUGCUCAAGUUGAUUCGACAUGGGGUCGAGGUCGGUCAACAGCUAGGUGCGGAAAUACUGUGCUCCAUUAUUACAAUCUGCUUCGUGGUGAAAAAAGUGGACCCCUUAAUCCUCUCUGGAGGUUGGAUUUCCGAGCAUUUCGACGACUUGGUUUACCUCUCUGGGAUGGGUGGCGAUUAUACCAGAUGA